AUGGAUUCAAUUAGAAAGAGUUUGUUGGGAGAUGACUUGAACCAGAAUCAAGAGGAUCAAGGUGUUUGGGAUCAGAUCAACAAUCAAUGUUCAUUGUCUUAUACGAAUAGACUCAUUGGCUUUGGUAUAUCAGCUGGUUGUGGUCUACUCUUUUCCUUCUUGGCAUUCAUGUUCUUGCUGUCACCUUCAACAUUUGCAUUCCUCUAUACCAUUGGAAAUAUAUGCAUGCUUGCAUCUACAUUCUUCAUUGUUGGACCAGCCAAGCAACUCAAGAAUAUGGCACAACCAACACGUCUGAUUUGUGCGUUGGUCUUUGUCCUUUCAAUGAUACUUACAUUGGUGGCCGUGUUCCAAGGUUGGAGUUUCAUCCUCAUCAUCUUCCUCAUCAUCUUCCAGAUCUGUGCACUGUUAUACUAUGUGUUCUCAUACAUUCCCUAUGGAAGAGAAUGCCUGCAAGGCAUCUGUGGAUCAGUUGUCUCUGUUUAA